ACAUCAGUUCAUCCCCUCGUAUAUUAGACGCGAAGAUGGUCCAUGUUCACGAUCACCUCCGGUUCUUGGAGGCCCUAGUCCUUUGCUAUCCACGCCCAUUGGAGCCAUCAUGCCUCUUACCGGGAGCAUUAUCGAACUCUUGACAGCGCCAAACCCGGCGCUAGACCUGCGCUAUCAACCCACCGGUGCCGUCACGCAAAGCGUGCGCUAUGAACCGCUCGAAGAAGACUGCUUGCUGAACUGGCCGGACUUCACCUACGAAAACAUCAAGGCUGCAUAUGGCCACCUUUUCGACAUCGGCCCUAUCGCCUCCGACGCCAUCCAGGACCUUCGAGGCUCGCCAGGCAUGAUUGUGAAGGAAGCUCAUGUCGACGACGUUGUCGUGGUGUGGAACUGGCAAAUUUGCCGCUUCCCGCUCAAGCGCGGCGCCGAGCGAGUGCUAGCCGACCUCGGUCUCGAGCAGCUCGAAUUGACCAUGAGGCACCUAGGCCAGGAGUCCAAAGACCCGCGGAGUGACGCCAAACCCAAGUCUCCGGAUUGGUGCAUCUUCCUCUGGGACCCCCGGGAUCCAGCGGACGAGAGCCAAACCAUCACUGUCUGGGGAGACAGCAAGUGCAGCAGCAAGUGGCGGAGCGACAAGGAUCUCCUGCCCUCCAGAUUCAAAUCCAACUGGAUCUGGCCUUUUCGUCAGGUCUUGACCUAUUGUGUCAGCAACGCAACACGGUACGGGUACAUCCUGACGCCGGAUGAGGUCGUCGUCCUCCGCGUGCACGAGGACCGGAGCACGCCGACCAAGCCUUGGCGGAUUCAGUACGCCUCGGUUCCCUGGGCGAAUUCCGGCGAGGGAGUUCUCACGGUCAACCUGGCCAUCUGGGCAUUGGCGAUGAUGAGCUUAAACGAGGGCCAUCGGCCGAUACGCACACUCGACCACACCCUGCCUCUCAACGUCUGGUGGGUGGAUCCAAGUCAGAGCCAGCGAGGGACACCGACGUAUGAACACCACCUAUCCGGCGCCAGGGUCUCAAAGGCUCCGGUAGGCCUCGAUGCACGGUCACGGCCCGACACGAUUCCCGGAUUCGACCAAGGCUCGGGUCAGCGGCGUGCCAAGAGGUCCCGGCGUUAGAAUUUCCUUGCUAUUUCAUGUCCGUUGCCGUUUCUGGUUUGCUCCUCUGCUGUUUGCUUUUCCAUCUUUCCUAGGUUGCACUGCUGCCUGCUCC